AUGGAUCUCAUGAAUCUGACUGCUCGGGACCUUUCCAACAAGUGUCUUGAAGCUUUCCAACUAUGCUUAACUUUUCGCUCUCCCGAGCCUGAUUUGUCCAAUCAGCAAGCGUCUCAUGAUGAGCGAUUUGAGUAUCGCUUGGCAGAUUUCAAUCUCUGGAUCGAUGGAAUCGGCGCCUUGGCUCCUUCAAAAGCCUCACUAGAUGCCAGGUUGAGUGAGCGACCGAUUGACCUUUCCCUCGUCAAAGGAAACCUUGUUAUGCUGUUUCAGUCGCUCGAAGACUGUUUGAAUCUGCUCAAUGAUAAUGGAGACCUCGAGUACACCUUGCUUGACAUAGACUCAGCCUUAGAAAGUCUUGUCACUUUGUCCCUAGCUAUUCGUAGGACAGGGCGUCGGUCGCGGCUUCACAAAGCAGAUCGCCUUUUCAAAGCAGAAGAACAUGCUGAGUUGAGGAAACACUUGGAAGCCAUUAUUUUUCUGCGUCCUGGGUCGGGUCCGUGCUUUAAAGAUGAUGAGUUUCGAACCGAGAUCGAGUCGCUGACACCACUGCAAAAUCAUCUUAUCACGGCCAACUUGAAGCGGAGAAAUCGUUUCAUACAGGCUCAGCUACACUCUCUGGGUUUGAAGAAAAGAACUUUUGCCUUUGAGUUGCCGACCCCUGAAGCCGUGGAAAAAGGUCCUAACCCUGUCCCCAUUUCGACGAGUGAAUUAGAAGAUGUUGCCGUCCCCAUAGUCUCCGAUACUGACGCCCAACCUCACAAACCGCUGCCAGCACCCAUGUCAGUCACCUCAGCUUCGGUCCCCGAAAGUAAGCUCGAAUAUAGAGAACCAAUUUCCAAGAAAACGGAGUCUACACCAAUGACCGUCAUUACUCAGAUCACUGCUUCUGCUCGAUACCCGCGCCCACGAGUGUACGAUAACGAGCAAAGGGUUGUUCAGUGUCCAUGCUGUUGUCAGACCUUGCCCGUAGCAGAGGCCAAAAACAACAACCGAUGGAGAAAGCACCUAGCAGAGGAUAUACGCCCAUAUACCUGCAUAUUUGACAGCUGUCCUACGCCAGACGUGUACUACAGUAGUAGAUCGAUGUUGGAGCAGCAUUUCCGACAAGACCAUCCGCCUGUUUGGAUAUGUCCUUUGUGUGAUGAAGGGUCAGUCUACUCUACCAUGAGUGAAAUGAUGGACCAUCUUCAUAAAGCCCACCCAGAUAAUGGGGAGGACAUCUCAUCCAUUAUUUCAUCGUCCGCACAGACUAGGGUGGGCAUAAAGAGCUGUCCCCUCUGUGAAGUCAACGGCGAAGCCGACUCUCCAGAGCUCAUAGACCACGUCCUGGAGCACGUACACGACUUCUCGCUCCGGUCUCUUCCGUGGCCUAAAUCCUCAGAAGUUGAUAUCGGCGGUGAAGUCGGGUCUUUCAACUGGGAAAGUGGCGAGGCUGCUGCUAUCACUCAAUGGCUGGAGGUCUAUGAACAUGAUAUGGAAGACAUUGAUCCUACAUUGAAGCUAUCAACUUGCGACUAUGCCAGAUUGGCAAUUAUAACCGAACAGAUGGAAUCUGUGAGGCACGAUAAGCUUGGCCUUGAUAUCGGCUUUGCUGACGACCAUGGCGACGAUUCUGCUGAAGCCGAGACUGAUGUUUCAAAGCUUACUCAAGACACUCUUGAAUCUAUACAGGCCCUUUAUGUGGUCCUUUGUCAUCAAUGCUCUGCUAGAUGGUAUAGAGAUGAAGAUGGAAUGCAGUGUCCCAAAUGUCAGAGCGAGUUCGUUGAGAUUCUUGAACCCGAAAGUGGUUCUGAUGUUUCAGAUACCUCAAGUGCAGAGUCUGUUGGGACGUCUCGCUUCGCUACAAUAAAAAGUCGUGAUGGGUAUGGUGAGGAAAACAGGCAUUCAAGCGAUGCCACAGGCUCCAAACCGAGCACUCGGGAGUCCAUUUCAGGCUUUCGAAGAUUCACUGACCGCCUCUUCUCCCGCAAGAAAGCCGAUAAUAUUGAACCCCGGCCUGGCCAGGACGCCCCCGAGACCUUGGUCAAAUUUCUAGGGCUUAAGCAGAGUGCCGUAGCGAAUCAGCAGGCCUGGAAGAUUCUGUCCAACGUUUACUACAGGCGGCUAGACUCUCCCACGAAAACACCGUCAAUGUUUGCAAAUUUUAUCAGAGAUGUACAACAUGAGGAUGUUCUGUCAACCCAUCCACCUGUGUCUGAUCUGGAUACCUUUUUACAAGUUAUGGUCUGGUUUUACUUGAGUCCACUCAAACCAUUGCCUCCAAAGGACCUUUCAAAACCUAUAUCGAACUAUUUUAUCAACAGCAGCCAUGAGACUACCCCUUACAUAUCCAUUGGACCUCGGAGUACUUAUGAUGCGAUCAGUCAUGUACUUAAUUACGGAUAUCGAUCCAUUAACAUAGAUGUCUGGAAUGGUACUACUACUACAGAUGAGCGAGAUAUGCAACUCAAUGAGCGGCAUGAAUCUAAACCAGCUGGGACAGUCGAGGCCAUCAGCCGACUCAUUGGGCGUAUGCCGCGUAUCGGAGCGACUGAUUCAAGGUCUGUGGAUCCGAAGACCGCGCUCUCUGGAUCAAGUCACUUGAGUUCCCCUGCAGAACCAAUCGUCACGGAUGGUAACUUCCCUGGUACACCAUGUGGUUUCAGGGGAGCUUGCCAAUUGAUCAGAAGCACUGCUUUUAUCCAUACUAAUCUACCUGUGAUCAUUAAUAUCAUGGUCCACGCAAACCCUGGCCAGCAAGAUAUGAUGGUUAAAAUCAUGAGGGAGGAGUGGCGCGAGAUGCUGGUAGAUGAGCCACUCGAGGGAUGCGAUCCACGAUUUCGGCUACCAAAAUUGGAGGACCUUCAAAAUCGGAUACUUGUCAGAAUCUCAACAAUUACAAGUCAUGCUAAAUAUGGAUACGCUUCGCAGCAUGCCGAAGAUUACUACGACGCGAGGCUAAUCUCCAUUAUACAGCCAUUAGCCAAGCUUGGGGUUUAUUUGCGACAAGAACAUUUUGAAAGUUUCAACACUCCUCUUGCAAAGUCACCGAAUCACCUCUUCUCAUUUCGCGAGGAUAGGGUGCAAGGCCUUAUUCGCGCAUCACCCACCGAGCUUUUUCAGCACAACCAACACUACUUUCUUCGUGUCUAUCCGAAUGCGUCGAUACAAGCCUCUUCAAACCUUGAGCCCUUGUCGUUUUGGAGACAUGGUGUUCAAAUGGCUGCAAUUUGCGGGUAUAACGUAGAUGAGGGUAUGAUGUUGAAUGAAGGAAUGUUUGCUGAUGAAUCAGGAUGGGUUCUGAAACCUGUCGGUUACCAAAGCCAAAGCAAUAAUAUCUCGACCGAUCUCGAAGCAGCUUCACGAAAGGAGCUUGAUCUAUCUAUAUUCGUUUUCCGAGAUCAGGAGUUUCUGGCUCGUACGCACCGAGAAAUUAAGGACCUUUCAUCAUUCAUGAGAGCCUCACUCCAUGUUGAUGACGAAGUAAAUACUUGGGUACCAGGAGGUGACUUCCCAAUAUCUACAGAUGAUGGCUCUGGUGCUUUGGGCUACGAGCUCAACUUCCAUGUAGCCAAAGCAAAUCCCAGCAUCUUUCCAAAACUCAGCAUCCUUAGGUAA